AUGCAGUCAAGCAUCUUCUUGCUGUUUUGUGGAUGGGUUUUAUUUGGAGAAUGCAAAGCUAAUGGAAAAGAAAUCCAUGAAGUCUAUAAAAAGGGCAGCCAGCCUCAAAGACAGAGAAGAGAAACACAUGGAGAAUCACACAAGCAAGGCAGCCCUAUACUGAAACGAAGUCCCGAUAUCACCAAAUCUCCACUGAUAAAAUCAGAACAACUUCUCCAAAUAGACGACCAUGACUUCAGCAUGCGGCCAGGCUUUGGAGGCCCUGCAAUUCCUGUUGGAGUUGAUGUACAAGUUGAAAGCCUAGACAGUAUCUCAGAGGUUGACAUGGAUUUCACCAUGACCCUUUACCUGAGACAUUACUGGAAAGAUGAAAGAUUAUCAUUUCCAAGUUCCAAUAACCAAAGUAUGACCUUUGAUGGCAGACUUGUGAAAAAGAUCUGGGUGCCCGACAUGUUCUUUGUCCAUUCCAAGCGUUCCUUUAUCCAUGACACAACGACAGAUAAUGUCAUGCUUCGAGUACAGCCAGAUGGGAAAGUGCUUUACAGCUUGAGGGUCACUGUAACAGCAAUGUGUAACAUGGAUUUCAGUCGUUUUCCCCUUGACACACAGACAUGUUCACUGGAAAUUGAAAGCUAUGCUUAUACUGAAGAUGAUCUCAUGCUGUACUGGAAGAAUGGAAAUGAUUCCUUGAAAACAGAUGAUAGAAUAUCAUUAUCUCAGUUCCUUAUCCAAGAGUUCCAUACUACCACCAAGCUUGCUUUCUAUAGCAGCACAGGUUGGUACAACCGUCUCUUCAUCAACUUCACGUUACGACGGCACAUCUUCUUCUUCUUACUCCAGACCUAUUUCCCUGCCACUCUGAUGGUCAUGUUGUCUUGGGUUUCUUUUUGGAUAGACCGUCGUGCUGUGCCUGCAAGAGUUCCCUUAGGUAUCACGACGGUACUGACCAUGUCUACCAUCAUCACUGGUGUCAAUGCCUCCAUGCCUCGAGUUUCCUACAUCAAAGCUGUGGACAUUUACCUCUGGGUCAGUUUUGUGUUUGUCUUCCUCUCAGUAUUAGAGUACGCUGCGGUGAAUUACCUGACCACGGUGCAAGAGCGAAAAGAGCGGAAGCAAUGCGAGAAGCUUUCUUGUGCUUCUGCAAUCCCACAGCCAAAGCAAAUGACAGGGAUGGAUGGCAGUUACAGUGAUGGAGAAGUAAACGAAUUAGGGCAGUAUGUGUCUGAGAAUGGAGGCAAAGAAGACAGAAUGAUGGUCCAGCUGGCUCUUGGAUCAGAAGGAAAUUCAAGUAGGAGGAAAGUCCAGAGAUAUAGCAGCAUGAGAAUUGACACUCAUGCCAUUGACAAGUAUUCCAGAAUAAUAUUCCCUGGAGCAUAUAUUUUAUUUAAUAUGAUAUAUUGGUCCAUUUUUUCAUAA